AUGAGGCCACCAGCGACCGCUUGCCUCAAGAACCUCAGGACACCCGUUGUGGGCCGCUCAGCUCUACCGGCUGCUUCUCGUCACCUCCACCUUGUUCGACCACCGCGAUUGACUUCUCGGGCUGUUGCGCAACCAGCGUUCCGAGUGGAACGAAGAAGCCAUGGACACAAAGCGCAGGAAGUGCAAGGUCCUAUACCCGAGAUCUCCAAAGAAGACACUUAUGACAUUGUCAUUAUUGGAGGCGCCAAUGCUGGUCUUGCUCUGGCUUGUGCACUGCUCUCACACCCCACACUGUCAACCACCACAAGGGUAUUGUUGUUAGAAGGUGCAUCACUGGACAAGACCCGCACCUGGCCUCAAUCAGAAGAAUGGGAGAACAGAGUCAGCAGUCUGACGCAUGAAAGCGUGGAAUGGCUUGAAAGUAUCGGUGUAUGGAAGCACAUUGUUGAGAACCGAUCGCGCCCCGUGUACGAGAUUGUCAUCUGGUCAAACCCCUCCGCCGACUCCAACCCAACAAUACAUUUCCCUCUCAUAGGCCGCCCCCUCGCGCGCAUGACAGAGAAUCUCAAUCUCCAGCAAGCUUUGCUGAAGCGGAUCAACGAAAUCGGAGAGGGCAUCGUCGACAUCCGAGAAAACUCUCGGGUCGGAGAAAUGCGCCUCGGCGAAGGUGGCAGAUGGGUCGGAUUGAGGAUUGGAGACGAAUGGAUCAAGGGGUCUUUGGUAGUCGGGGCCGAUGGGCCCAACUCCCCAGUGCGCCACUUCUCCGGUAUCGACUCUUACGGGCACGCCUACAACACCCAUGCUGUGGUAGCCACCAUGCACCAUACAGCCUCGCCCUUUUAUCCCAACAACACUGGGUUCCAGCGCUUCCUCCCUACUGGCCCCAUUGCUUUCCUCCCUCUUUCAGAAACGACUUCUACCUUGGUUUGGUCGACGAGACCGGAAAAUGCUGCGGCUCUGAAGAAACUCUCGCCGGAAAGUCUGACGGCAAUGAUCAACGCUGCCUACGCUCUUCCCGAAGAGACCCUCGGCCUCCUCGUCGAGGAGGUGCUGGCUGCGAACGAAGUCGGCAUCCCUCUCACCACCGAGCGAAUCUCCACACUGAUAGCAACUCUUCCCACACCACCUCUCUCUGCCGACCAGCCUCUCUUGCCGCCGACUAUCACUCACCUCCACGCCCCGUCUAUCGCUUCCUUCCCUCUCCGUCUUUCUCACGCUACGUCAUACCUCGGUGCUCGCACUGCUCUGGUAGGCGAUGCGGCGCAUACUAUCCAUCCCCUCGCCGGACAGGGUCUGAACAUGGGUUUGGCCGACGUCCGCUCGUUAGCCGAGACGCUCGAGGCAAGCAAGAAGGUCGGCGGCGACGUGGGUAGUCUCGAGGGCAUGAAGGGGUACCCCAAAGAGCGUUACCCCCUCAACCACCUCAUGCUCAGUACCACUGACAAACUCCACUACAUCUUCCGCGCCAGAAAUCCCCUGAUCAACUGGGCUCGAAGCACCGGGCUCGACGUGAUCAACGAGAUCGGCCCCCUCAAGCGACUGCUCAUGGGUGGUGCUGGAUCUGGUGUGGGGCCGUUCUCUACAGGGGGCAGGUCGGAGAAGGAGCGGGAGUUUGGAAGGAGCGAGGCUGGGGAGAGUAUGAAGAGUGCUGGAGGGUGGCAGCAUGGGCUUGCGAGUGCUGUUGAGGGAGCGUUUGUGUUGAAGAGCGUGGCGGGUAUGGUCGGUGGGGUCGUUGGGGAGCUGGCGAGGAAUGGGUUGAGGAAGGCAGCGGACGCUGUACAGAAGAAGUAA